AUGGAGGAAUUGGACAGGAAUCCUGUGGGGAAGAGUGCAGCAGGAAACACCAUCCUGGGCAGAGAGGAGUUCAGAUCAGAGACCAGCCCCUCCUCACUCACUCUGAGCAGCCAGGAGGCACAGGGAGAGGUGUGUGGGAGAAGAGUCACUGUGGUCGACACCCCAGGCCUGUUCAACACUGAGCUCUCUGACAAGGAUCUGAGAGGAGAGAUCCAGAGAGCUGUCCAGCUGUCGGCCCCUGGACCCCACGCUGUCCUCCUGGUCAUCCAGCUGGGCCGCUUCUCCCAGCAGGAGAAGAGAGCAGUGGAGACCCUGCAGGAGCUGCUGGGAGAGGGGGUGAGCCGGCACACGGUGGUCCUCUUCACUCACGGAGACAGGCUGAGAGGCAGGAGUCUCCAGCAGUUUGUCCAGCAGGAUGGGAACCUGCAGAGCAUCAUUCAGGAAUGUGGGGACAGGUGUCACCUCUUCAACAACACUGACAGGGGAGACGGCUCUCAGGUCAGGGAGCUGUUGGAGACGGUGGAUUACAGCCGUUAUUACAAUGUCAAUGAAGAGCUGAGCCUGGAAUAGUAAAAUGAAGACAAACUAGAAAGAGCCGGAGCACCCUUAAGAGGAGGGACAGCAGCAGUCUUUUCCAGCAGUAAGAUAAACUCCAGCAGAGCUGUUUUUUCAUUCCUGCAGCUUUAAUACUGUACAAUAACACUGUCAAACGAGCACUGCAGUUGCGUCCACAAUCAUUGAUUGUUAAAAUGAACUGAAUCACUGUAUUAUUGUAUGAUAUAUCUUGUAGGAUUUCCUGGUGCAUUUCUUACAUUAUUCUGUAGUUGAAUAUGUGUGUCGUUUUCUUUUUAUUGCAGAUGGUUGUGAUGCAAUAUUGCCAGAUGAAAUUCCCAGGUUU